AUGGCUUCAGCUACUACUUCAUCAUUCUCUGGCACAUCAAACACUGGAGCCCAAAACUUCUCCAAGAUUGAGAGAAAGGGUAAUGUGGCAUCCUUCCAGUCGACUCCUUCAGGUUACCAAACUGGCUUGACUGCUAUCGACACCUAUGGUAACACCUUUAAAGUGCCAGACUACACCAUCAAGGAUAUCUUGUCUGCAAUCCCAUCCCACUGCUACGAACGUAGAUUGUUGCAAUCUUUUUUUUACGUCUUUAGAGACAUUACAUGCAUUGCAACAUUGGGUUUUUUGGGAAACACAUUUAUCCCCUUGAUUGCAAACCAAUACGCUAGAUUUGCCGCUUGGGCCGCUUAUAUCUACAUGCAAGGCUUGUUUGGCACCGGUAUCUGGGUCUUGGCCCACGAGUGUGGCCACCAAGCGUUUAGCGACUAUGGCUGGGUCAAUGACUUGGUUGGUUGGGUCUUGCACUCAUACUUGAUGGUUCCAUACUUUUCAUGGAAGUUUAGCCACGGUAAACACCACAAGGCAACCGGCCACUUGACCAGGGACAUGGUGUUUGUCCCCAAGACAAAGGAACAAUUUAUGCAAAAUAGAGGCAUUGAAGACUUGGACGACUUGUUGGGCGACUCGCCAAUUUACUCCUUGUCAACCUUGGUUUUCCAACAACUCUUUGGAUGGAUUGCAUACCUUUUUGCCGAUGUCAGUGGCCAAAAACACCCAGGCAAGAACUGGUGGCAAGUUAGUCAUUUUAACCCCUCUUCAGUGAUUUUCGAAAAGAAGGACUACUACUAUGUCUUGUUGUCCGACUUGGGUCUUGCCAUUCAAGCAACCAUUCUCUACACUUGUGUACAGAAAUUUGGCGGCUUUUUUGUCUUGGUCAACUGGUUCCUCCCAUACAUUUGCGUCAACCACUGGUUGGUUUUCAUCACCUACUUGCAACACUCUGACCCCCAAAUGCCACACUAUGAAGCCCACCAAUGGACUUUUGCACGUGGUGCAGCUGCCACCAUUGACCGUGAGUUUGGCUUUGUUGGUAGAUAUAUCUUUCACGACAUUAUCGAGACUCACGUUUUGCACCACUAUGUAUCCAGAAUCCCAUUCUACAAUGCCAGAGAGGCAAGCGAGGCCAUCAAGAAGGUUAUGGGCGAACACUACCAACACUCUGACGAAAACAUGUGGGUGAGCUUGUGGAAAUCUGCAAGAUGGUGCCAAUAUGUUGACGGCAAAAACGGAGUUAUGAUGUAUAGAAAUGUCAAUGGCUUUGGCGUUGAUCCAAAGAAGGAGAAAUGA